CUCAAACACCCCUUCUUUGAAGGGAAAUUGAGAACUAGAGAGAGAGAAAAGCCGGGAACAAUGGCGACUGACGGCGCGGCGGUAGAUGUUGGCGGAGAAGUGGCGGAGCAACCCCAUAGGCUAGACAAGAAGUGGACAUUCUGGUUUGAUAAUCAAUCUAAACCUAAACAAGGCGCAGGUUGGGGGAAUAAUCUUCGCAACGGCUACACUUUCGACACUGUCGAAGAGUUUUGGUGUCUGUAUGAUCAGGUAUUCAAACCUAGCAAGCUUCCAGGAAAUGCUGAUUUCCAUUUGUUCAAAGCUGGGAUUGAGCCUAAAUGGGAAGAUCCAGAGUGUGCAAAUGGAGGGAAAUGGACAGUUACUAGUAGCAGAAAGGCUAACCUUGAAACUAUGUGGUUUGAAACUUUGAUGGCCUUAAUUGGUGAGCAAUUUGAUGAGGCUGAUGAAAUAUGUGGUGUGGUUGCUAGUGUGCGUCAAAGGCAGGAUAAACUUUCUUUAUGGACUAAAAAUGCUGCUAAUGAAGCUGCUCAGAUGAGUAUUGGAAGAAAGUGGAAGGAAAUUAUAGAUGUGACUGACAAGAUCACCUACAACUUCCAUGAUGACUCAAAGACAAGAACAUCAAAAGAUGAGUGGUUUGAUGAUAAUGACAAUCUAAAUGAUGAACAUGAGUCUUGCACUGAUGGUGAAAAUGAAGAUAACAUAGAUGAACUUAGAAAUGUUGAUAUUGAAUUCAGUGAGGAUGCAAUGAUUAUGAAGAGGACAUCUAAUGAUUUUUUCUUGAGUAAGUUGUGUGUUGAUAAAGAGGAGGAUAACAGCAUUGUAAAUGACAAUGAUGAAAGAGAAAUUGAACCUACCAUGCACACUCAUUCCAUUUUUAAUGAUUUAUUACACUGGAAAAAACAGAAAUCCAUUCUUGGAAUGAGAUUUCAGGAUCCAGGGAAACUUAAAUAA